AUGUCGCGAUUAGACCGAUUGGUGGUGCUCCUAGAGACGGGGUCGACCCCGUUUAUUCGUAACACCGCUGCCGAUCAGCUCGCGGACCUCGCCAAAGGCCAUCCCGAAGAAGUCAUCCUGUUGUUAGGGCGCGUCUACCCGUACCUUCAUCUGACAAAAUGGGAAACAAGAAUUGCCGCAGCUCGGGCGUUCGGGGGGAUCGUUAACCAUGUGGAACCCAGUGAUCCCAACCUGCCACAGGCCGAAGAAUUGGAGACUGCUGGCGAUGAGAAGGUAAAGCAGGAAAUCAUACAAGACACCAUCAUCGACGCCGAGCUGUCGGGCCCGCACAUCAAAAUUGAGGAAGAAGAGCUCCAUAUUAAGCAAGAACAGGACGAAGAGCUCGCCAAGCUCCUGGAACUGAUGAACAAUUUGGUAUCCUUCGACCAAUUCUCCCUCGCUGAACUCAUAAAGCUGGGUAAACGUUUGCUUGCCGACAAAAGCGACACUGCUACCGACAGCUAUGGUGACGGCCUGUUACUAGGUCGAAUUAAAAAACAAAGAGUGUUGAUGGAAGAAGAAUCGCUUGCAGCCCAACCUGCGCUGCCAUCUCCACCCGUUACCCCUGAGGUGAAAAGUGAGCCCGAAGUCAAACAAGAGGCGGAAGCUGCGCCGUCGUCGAAGCCGGUACUGCUGGCAAGACUCAAGGCAAUGCAAAAACGCCGGGCAAAAGUCAGUGCUAAGCUGAAUCUGCGGAUACGGGCAGUUGACAUAUCACAGCUGCUGCUUUCACGACAACUUGCCGAGAAUGGCGAUGUAUCUUCGGAAGAACCUCAAUUCGACAUGCACAGUCAACACGAUAAACUUGUUGUCGAGGCUAAAGCCCCUGAAGUCAAUCUGCUCAUUUUGCAACACAAAAAGGUCUUAGGUCUCGUGUGGCAAUUCCAAGGCGUGUACGAGUUGCUUUUGGCUGAUCUCUUUGACGACAAGUGGGAGGUGCGUCAUGGUGCCGCCCUCGGUUUGCGUGAACUUGUCAAGGUUCAUGGUAAGGGUGCUGGUCGCAUCGCGAAGAAUCUGCGUGAGGUCAACGAUGCUAACAAUGCCGCCACCCUUGAGGAUUUGGCAGUGAGAUUAUGUGUGCUUUUCCUGCUUGACCGUUUCGGUGACUACGUCAGUGAUACUGUGGUUGCGCCAGUUCGUGAACUGGGCGCCCAAACCCUCGCUGCGUUACUUAUUCACUUGGAUGAGACUACAGCGCUUCGCACAUUCAACUGUCUCUACAAUCUUGUUCUCCAAGAGGGAAUCACUGCUAAAUGCUGGGAAGCUAAGCACGGGGGUAUGUUAGGGGUGCGUUACUUUGUCCUGGUGCGCACUGACGUACUCUUAGCUCACUCCGAGGUGUUGGACCAGGUAGUUGAAUUGGUAUUGCAUGGGCUUAAUGAACCAGAUGAUGAUGUCCAGGCGGUGGCGGCAUUGACGUUGGCUCCGAUUGCCCUGCAGUUUGUCACCUCCAAGAAGGAAUUGAUCCAUACUCUUGUCAAGGUGAUCUGGAACUGUUUGACCAAUUUGCGUGACGAUUUACUGGCACUGAUUGGUCUGGUGAUGGAUUUGUUGGCUAAGCUCUGCACCCACCCUGAGGUCAUCGAGAUCAUACAAAAGGAAGCUAAGACUGAUCCUGAGCUGCUGUUUGAACAGUUGGUUCCUCGUCUUUUCCCCUUUUUGCGUCACCUGAUUUCCAAAGUCCGUAAAGCUGUGCUCAAGACCAUGCUUGAAUUCCUCCGCAUUGACGAAAUUCACACCAAGCUGUGGAUUCAACCCAAAACUUUGCGCUUAGUGUUUCAAAACUUGUUGGUUGAACAAAAUGCCGAAGUGAUGUCGUUGUCAUUGGAAGUGUACCGUCGACUAAUCGAAGAGGCCGUUCUUGCGGCUGAAGCGGGCGUGCUUCCUCCUUUGGACGAAUUAUUCGCCAACAUCUGGUUACCCACGCUCCAACUUUUGAUGACUCCCAUCGGUUUUGCCCGUCACAACUAUCUCAUGAACCCUCAACUUAUCAUUCGUCCUCUGGGCAAUGUGUUGGGUCCGUUAGACACUAUCGAUGACCAACACGCACGCAAUCCUCGCAAACGGAAAGCUGAUGAACCCAAAGCGGUGGUACCCCAAGAAGACUUCAAAGUUAACAUUGACUUACCGAUGCUUAAGGGUGAUGUGAUGUUACUCGGUGAAGAAGUGUUCGUCAACAAUCGUUGCGCUGCGGCGUCGGCUUUUGGCAUGACUCUCGCCAACCUUGGACGACCCGAAACGGUGUUUAGCCUGAUUGGCGAUUACCUUGAUCUGUCGCACUCAACUCUGCGCUUGUUGGCUCCCCUCGUGAUCCAUGACUAUGCUCUGGAGCUCAAGAAGCAGGACAAACCGGUUCCCGAACUGGCCCAACUGUGGUUUGUUGACCCACUUAUGGAGGUGGUACAGAAGCCCGAAGACCUCCCUCAUUUCCGGGAAUUGGUGCCCACCCUCAAAGCUGUGCGUCUGGCGUGUAUGGUUUUAUUUGACGUGUUUGUCACGGUGGCUAAGGUCCCGCCUCAGAAAAUUCCUCAAAUUCCCGUCAUCGUUCAGGGUGAGCCUGAAGCUGGGCCCGGGGCUUUCAGUUUGGAAAACGCUCGCACCAUAUCCACCGAAACCUUUGAGAAGCUCAAGAAACUGUUGCUGGCUACCUAUAGAAUGCUGGCUAACCAGGCGUUGGAUGACGCUAAGCAUCGACUUGAGCAGGCAAUUGCUGAAGCUGAAUCGGUGGCGCUGAAUCGGCGUACCGCUAUCGUCGCUGGAUGUUCGCUGGCGGCGCUUGCCCUCGCUGGGGUUCCGAAGAAACUCAAUAAUGUCAUUCGUUCACUUAUGGACCUGGUGAAAGGGGAAACUAUGCAGGUGUUGCAACAAAAGCUGGCUGAAGCCGUGGCAUCGCUCAUUGACGAAUUACUCGCGGUAGAUAAAGCCACCGCCGCUGACAAAAUCAUCAAGAACUUGGCAGCGUUUCUCUGCGUUGACACCCUGGAGGUGCCCGAGCUUCACCACAACGUUCAGUUCACUGAUUGCAUUCUUAGUCUUCGCAAAGAGGAGGCUAAAACUGAUCCUGCUGACAUUGCUGCUCACGAAAAAGCAGUGGCGGCGGCUAAGAUCAAGCGUAAUGGGGCUAUGCUUGCGCUUCUGCUGCUCAUUCUGCUUUACGGGCCUGAUCUUUUCGACAAGGUCCCCAAGCUUAAGCAGCUUAUGUUGAAUGAGUUGGAUGAGUUGGCCAUUCCUGACCAAUCUGAGCUCAUCAAGGAUGAGGCUCGCGGUCAACGUGUUAUUGACGCCCUUGGUAUGGUGCGGGCCUUACUCAACCAACUUGACCCGCUGUUGUACCCUGCCGUGGAAGGCAAGCUUGACGUUAUUGUCGGUGGUCUUAAGCUGAAAUACUCGGUAUUCCGCUAUCUGUGUGCAAAGUGUUUCGCCACCGUCGCUCAAGUGAUGCCUGCGAAAGCUUUCCCCGUGUUGGUCGAGAAAAUCUUGCCAAUGUUGUCCAAUGCCCUGGAUCCUAUUCAGCGUCAAGGUGCCAUUGAAACGAUUUACCACAUCAGUGCCACAAUGGGUGCCGAUAUCUUACCCUACGUGGUGUUCCUUAUCGUUCCCGUUCUUGGGCGGAUGUCAGAUGUUGACCACGAUGUGCGGGUGUUAGCGACCACCACUUUCGCUGCUAUCAUCAAGUUGGUUCCGUUAGAAGCGGGUAUCCCUGAUCCUCCUGACAUGCCGCAGCUGCUUCUUGCUGGUAGAGAUCGCGAGCGUGACUUCAUUCAGCAGAUGAUGGACCCUACAAAGAUCAAACCUUUUGAACUCCCAGUGCUGAUCAAAGCCACGCUCCGUAAGUAUCAGCAGGAAGGUGUUAACUGGUUGGCAUUCCUCAACAAGUACCACUUGCAUGGUAUUUUGUGUGACGAUAUGGGGUUGGGUAAGACUCUUCAAACAAUCUGUAUUGUCAGUUCUGACCAUUACACACGUGCCCAAGAAUACGAGAAGACCAAGAAGGACGAGUUCCGUCGUCUUCCUACGCUUAUCAUCUGUCCUCCUUCAUUGACUGGUCACUGGGAACAAGAAAUUCAGCAAUAUGCUCCGUUCAUGCUGGUGCUUGUGUAUGCUGGUGGGCCGGUGGUAAGAUCAGCGCUUCGCUCUCAACUUGCUGACGUUGAUGUUGUCGUUACGUCGUAUGAUGUUUGUCGUAAUGAUGUUGAACACCUUACCAACAUCGACUACAACUAUUGUGUUCUUGACGAAGGUCACAUCAUUAAGAACCUGGCAUCAAAGUUGACGAAGCUGGUGAAGCGAGUGCGUGCUCAACACCGUCUCAUCUUGCUGGGUACUCCCAUUCAAAACAAUGUCUUGGAAUUGUGGCUGUUGUUCGACUUUUUGAUGCCCGGGUUUUUGGGUACCGAAAAGGUGUUCCACGAAAAGUUUGCUAAACCUAUUGCUGCACUGAGAAACCUGAAGACCCUGCUGAAGGAACAAGAGGCCGGUGCCUUGGCGCUAGAGUCGUUGCACAAGCAAGUUCUUCCGUUUAUGUUGAGACGUCUCAAGGAAGAUGUGUUACUGGACUUGCCUCCUAAGAUCAUUCAAGAUUACUAUUGUGAGUUGCUGGACUUGCAAAAGAAGUUGUACAAGGAUUUUGCAACGAAGCAAAAGAAGGUGGUUGAGGAAGAAGUGAGCAAGCUGACGGAUGACGCGCCGGCGAAAGCUGAAGGUGCUGGUGGACAGACGCAUGUGUUCCAAGCUCUUCAGUACAUGCGAAAGUUGUGCAACCACCCCGCGCUUGUGGUGCUGCCUGAUCACCCUCAAUUUGACGAGGUUAAUCAGUACUUGACUAAGCACAACCUGGCGCUCAAAGCCAUUGAGCACGCCCCUAAGCUCUUGUCCCUUAAGACAUUGUUGUUGGAAUGCGGUAUUGGCGUUCAAGAUGUUGAGCCGGCGAAACGGCAAAACCAAUUGUUGCUGGCCGAAGGUGUCAUUUCAGAGCAUAGAGCUCUCGUGUUCUGUCAACUUAAGGAUAUGUUGGACAUUGUCGAAAAUGAGCUUUUGCGGAAGUACUUGCCUCUGGUUACUUACAUGCGUUUGGACGGUAGUACCGAUCCUCGUGAUCGGCAAGCGAUUGUGCGCAAAUUCAACGACGAUCCCUCAAUCGACUUGUUGUUGCUCACCACUAAGGUCGGUGGUUUAGGUCUCAAUUUGACUGGGGCCGACACCGUUAUUUUCGUUGAGCACGAUUGGAACCCCAUGAACGACUUACAAGCGAUGGAUCGAGCUCACCGUCUCGGUCAAAAGAAGGUGGUCAACGUCUACCGUCUUAUCACCAAGAACACUUUGGAAGAGAAGAUUUUGGGGUUGCAAAAGUUUAAGAUGAACAUUGCCCUGACAAUUGUUAACCAACAAAACGCUGGGUUGCUGCUGAUGGACACUAAUCAAUUGUUGGACUUGUUCGAAGUCGACGAAGCGACUAUCAAAGAACAGGGUCCUCAAGAAGAACAAGGCAGCCUCCCCGAAGAUGUCAACCAACAAGGGCUUUCUGGCAAGGCGGCGCUGGCGGUGGAGAAGUUGGCCGACUUGUGGGACGAGAGCCAGUACGAAGACGAGUACAACUUGGACAACUUCAUUCGCACGUUGAAGUAA